UUCCCAGAGAACCAACAGCUUCAAGGCCGCAACAAGGAGUAAGCAAGCUAGAUCCCGUGAGAACUUCUUACAGAGAUGAGCUUGCAGAGACAUCUGACAUUCUCAAGCUAUUUCCUAAUAAGUCUACCUACUGGCCAGCCUUGUACCUAUACCUGACAUCAAGUCUGUAACGUGGAUGACGUCACAAUGCCCAGUGUUGGCAUCAAGAUUCUGAAACCAUGAGCAUUCCUGCCAUUUGAAGCGGACGGCCAGAGCCCAGACAGUGGACAUAGAGGAGACCCAGGAAACGAAAUGGCGAGCAGGGGCAGCGCAAGUUCUGGCUCUGUGCCAUCCAAGAAAGGCACAACCGUACGGCCUGGGAGUGGGCUCAGGGAGGAGGGAGAGUCCACCCCAAGGAGGAUUGUGAAAGAGACCAGAGCUGUUGUCGUUGAUAUCGGGACCGGCUCCUGCAAGUGUGGCUUCGCUGGAGAACAGAAGCCAAGCCAUGUGGUCUCCUCCACCGUAGGGAAGCAUUUCCAGGAGACGGCCAAGACAGGCGAUAAUAGGAAAGAAACUUUUGUUGGCCGGGAACUUCAAGAUGCCAGCAUCCCCCUGAAGCUGGUCAACCCCUUGAGGCAUGGGAUCAUAGUGGACUGGGAUAGCGUCCAGGACAUCUGGGAAUACCUUUUCCAUAAGGAGAUGAAGAUUCGGCCCGAGGAGCACGCUGUCUUGGUGUCCGACCCUCCGCUGAGCCCCACCACCAACCGGGAAAAGUACGCGGAAAUGCUCUUCGAGACGUUCGGCACCCCUGCCAUGCACAUCGCCUACCAGUCCAGGUUGUCCAUGUAUUCCUACGGGAAGAUGUCGGGUCUGGUGGUGGAGAGCGGCCACGGCGUCUCCUACGCCGUCCCUAUUUAUGAAGGUUACACGAUGCCCAGCAUUACGGAAAGGGUGGACUACGCCGGAUCGGAUGUCACCCAAUACCUCAUGAAGCUAUUAAACGACUCGGUGAAAUUGUUCUCGGAGAAAGAUUGGCAGGUCUUGGAAGAUAUCAAACAGAACUAUUGCUUCACCUCUUUGGACUAUCCCCAGGAUGCGGCUGCGCCUUCCAGGAACCAUGAGGUCGAGUAUGAGCUUCCCGACGGGCAGAGAAUCGUUCUCGGCAAAGAGAGAUUCAUGUGUUCCGAAAUGCUCUUCAAGCCGUCCCUGAUCAACUCGCAGCAGCUGGGGCUGCCCCUCCUCACCAUGACGUCCCUCAACAAGUGCGACGUCGCCCUCAAAAAGAACCUGAUGGGCAAUAUCUUGCUCUGCGGGGGCUGUACCAUGAUGAAGGGCUUUGCUGACCGCUUCCAGAGAGAGCUGAUUAGGAUGUGUCCAAACGACAAUCCCAUCUCCUCAGCCUCCCCUGAAAGAGAUACGUCCGUAUGGACUGGAGGCUCCAUCUUGGCGUCCCUCAAGGCCUUCCAGCAGCUCUGGGUUCACAGGAGAGAAUAUGAAGAACGGGGCCCUUUUUUCAUCUACAGGAAAUGUUUCUGAGUUCCCAGCAUUGAGGAAUCUCUUCCUCGA